CUUGUUGUCAAGUGAAUUUUGGCUGUAGAUCCCACAAUAGUAGAAGAAAGGAAGUGGGCAUAUCAUGGAAAUUGAGACAGUCGAUGACUAAGACCCGCCUCUUAACUAUUCAGUCUUUCCUCCAACUUGCCGACGCCAUCCUUAAGCAAUCAAUCAAGCCGCCGUCAUGCUUAUACCUUAUUCCACCAUUUACCAUCGUCGCUAGCCAGUUACUACUACCUUAGUACACUAUUCUCUCCAUUCAUUUCAGGCUCUUUUUUCUCUUUUCUUAUCUUCUCUUGUCUGGACAAGAGCUCUUCGCUUCUGCCUUAUUGCCGCUACUCCGUACUGCCGCCCUCCCUCCUGGCUCUCUUUCGCCCUCUUACCUCCUUUCACCCACAGUUUCUUCCAGGAGAAGCGCUGCUGCAAUCAAUGCUACGCUCAAUGCUAUACUUUUAGAGUUUAUUAUUCCGCUUGGGCGAGCUGCUGUCUGGGGGCAGUACCUGACGUUCGUUUCCCUACACUCUGUCCGACGGGCGGUUGUCUUGUGGUCGCAAUGUUGCUCAAACCGGCAACCCCAUUGACCAUCCUUCUCCUGAUCGCCUUUGUCCUCCUUCUUCUCUCCGUGAUAUCGACUCCUAUUGUUAAGAGUAUUCCGUUGGCAACUUUUGACAAUGUCGAAUAUGGGGUCUUCGGUUAUUGCAAAGCUGGCACUUGCACCGCGAUCCACAUCGGCUAUACCACAGGUUUGUUGCGUUUACCCCUCAGGUCUGAGGUCGCUAAUCUUAGCGCAGAGGAAAUCGAAAACACUGGAAGUACGGACAGCGACUUUAACCUCCCGUCCGACGCGCGGAGAUCACUUUCUUCUAUCCUUAUCGUCCACCCGAUCGCUGCUUUUCUCACUUUGAUCUGCCUUUGUCUCGCUGCUGCGGCUCAUCUGCACGCUCCGUCGCAUUCGCCUCGCUACUUACUGGCCUUGUUGAUCUUGCUCCUUCCGACUCUUCUCGUCUCGUUGCUUGCUUUCCUGGUCGAUAUACUGCUCUUUGUGCCGCAUUUGUCAUGGGGUGGCUGGAUAGUUCUCGCCGCGACUAUUAUCCUGGUCACUUGCGGUGUUGUCACUUGUGCCAUGCGCCGGACUCUGGUCAGUCGCAAGGCUCGCAAGAGGCGCAUCGCGGAAAAUGCCGAAAUGAGUGGGCAGAACUACUAUAAUCGUCAGAACGCCGCUGCGGCUGCAUUGAAUGAGAGCAAGCCAAUCGCGCCUGAAGCCAAAGAAACCUUCGUCGCUGCAACUCAAAGCUCAGAGUCCGGGCCUACGUUCGCCACCUUUCGCACAAACACGCGUUCAAGUGACGACGAUCGUACACCUCUAAAUAACCACAGCGAUCCGAGCGCCCAAGACGCUGGGUAUCAGUCGCGGAUUCCUGGAGAUCCAGUUCCUUAUAACGCCCCUCGAGAUGAUUUCGGGAACCCGUUACCACCAGGAGCCUACAACUCCGCUCCUAGAAUGCGUACGCCUGGACCUCCUGGACCCCCACCUCCUGACUCCAGAGUGCGCGACCAAUAUUCGGACCCGCGAAGAGGGCCCCCUACAGGAUUUGCUCCACGUGGCCGUGGCGGGUAUCCACCUCGCGGAGGAUAUGGUCGUGGCGGACCUUACGGAGGCCCGCUACGGGCCCAAUUCUCGUGCUCCUCUCACCGGGCGGGGUGGUUAUAUGGGCCCAAUGCGCGGCGGACCUGCAGGACCGAUGGCACGUGGAGGAUACCGGCCGCAACCGGCAGCGGGCGGAUAUGGUAACGCACGCGCAAUGGGUGAAGAUGAGUACGGAUAUCGUGGACCUUCGUCACGCCAGCGUACUCCCGGGCCAAUGGCGGCGCCAGCAGCUCCGGGCCCAGCUGGCCAAGCUAUUGAAAUGAUGCCGCAGCCGCGACAUGAGCCGGAUGCUCAGGAUGAAGUACCUGAGCAGCAACAACUCCAUGCCAUUUCCAUUGAUAAUCAGCACGAGCCUGUUAGCCCCACGAGCCUUUAUAGCCGCACACAGUAUGGCUGUUCAACCUCUCUGUUUCUCAAAAAAUAGCUAACUAAUCGCUUCACCCAGGUCAUAUGUGCCCCCCCGUAGAAAUUGGGGACCGCAAGCAUACCAAUCGAGCGAGCCAAACUUGCCAUAUCAACCUAAUCAACCACGGCAUGCCCGUUCCCAGUCAGGUAGUAUGUAUUACGAAGAUGAGGACCCGGUGUACACGAGUCGGAACGAGUCGGCAGUUGGUAACUCAGGAGUACCCUCUGUCUUGACGCCAGGCAAUUCUGGUGAGCAAAAAUUGAAGGAAAAUGGGGCGGAACGUCCGGGCUCACCUGCUGCUAGCGAAGUAAGCCAUUUCACGUCAAUAUCGGAGCGGCCAAUCAACCCCAGGUGGCGUCCGCCCCCUAUGCCGGCACAAGCUGUUCAACAGAAGCGCGACGUCCUACUCGAGAAUAAUCCCGACUUUGACCUUCGGGCCGCCAUCGGAGGAGGCGGACGUAUGCCACCGUUAACGGGCAAGAAUUCUACGAGAUACCCAAUUCCCUAAAUAUUUUCCUUCAUUGUUAAUGAUUGGUAUCGGCGUCUGGUGUUUUGUAUGCAUGGAUUUGUUUCAUCCAUCUCAACUUGCUUACCUCCAGCGCAAGGACAUUGAUGGAAUCUAGCAAGUGCUUGGUGCGCCCUGGUGGACUGUACAAACAUGAGUCUGGUACAUAAUUAGAUAGUGAUAGGGUAGAUUAAUUCAG